AUGCCCCUGCGCUUCAAGCAGAAACCUUGGCCGAGGUGGGCUCGGUAUGCGCUUGCGACGGCACUGCGAAAUGCAAAGGACGACACUGAGAGCAUCGAUGUGGAAUGUCAAGUAUCUUCAAGGCCGCUCAUGUCGGAAGCUCAUCAUAUGGCGCCGAAUGACGACGAGAAGCAGCUGCUAGACUCGCCCAGGGACAUCAGCGUAGAGGAGGGUGAGGAUCCUCCAGAAGAUGGCGAAGAGCCAGCUGAAGAAAUAGGGGGCACCUUCGAGUACGCCGACAACUUCCGGGAGAUGAUGAUGUAUUCGGCCGAGGACAAGAAGGCAGAUACUUUUGUCCCGAUCGCUGGCAACACCUACCGCUUUUGGGGUCUUGGCAUCCCAGAGCACCGGUUCACGACCCAGAACUUCGGCGUGUUAUCCAUCUUGUUGGUGCAAGUGCUUUCACCACCGGCCUGCAUUAUCUACAAUCUCUACAAAUUGGAUUGGGAAGGCUGGCACUUCGGGUUGUCCGACUGGUACUACAUUCCGAGCAGCGACGAGCACGGGGUGUCGAAUCUCUCGAAGCACGUUGUCGCAACAGCUUUCUUGAUCAUGUUCACCCUGAACGGCGCGAUGGUCGUGGACAACGAACGUAUCGCAUCCCUGAAGAUCUCUGCAUUGUUGGAUGCUCCGGCCAUCAAGAACAAGCCAGGCUUUCUGAAGGAUGUGAACCUCUUCUGGCUCAAUGUUGGUCGCGUAUUGAACUGUGUCGUUGUGAUCGAGUGCUGCUUGAUCGUCUACUUUGCCUUCGUGUUGUCGGAGAAUCCAAUGGAUGUCGUGUUCAACGCGUUGGCUGUAACCUUCCUUUACAACCUUGAUGAUAUCGGUGGCGAAACAGGCUUCCUCACCGAGGACGACUGGGAUGGAGAGGAGCUUGGCAAGAUCUACUACCAUGCUGUGGACGCAAUGAUGAUGGACAAUGAAAAGCUCAACCCGGAGGGCUACGGACCUGACGAGAUUAACUCCUGUAAUGAGAUGCGGGACAAGUAUGGUUCCUGGACGUACAGGAUUGCAGAACCGCUUUGCUAUUUGUUGGUGAUCGUCCUGCCAAUGGCUUACAUCUUCAUUGACGAGUUGAAGUGCAAGCCAAGCCACUUGAAGCUCGCGGUCAUGGCGUUGCAGAAGGAGGUGGCGGCGCUGAAAGGCGGCGCUGGCCAUUGA